AAUAAAUUUUGUACUCAAAGCGUCUGGAAAAAUCAUAAUGAUCAAGGGCAUAUACAUAAAUGUAUAUGUAUAUUUAUUUACAUCUGUAGGAUGAACGAAUACCUACUUCUACUUUAGGAUGCACAAGUGCAGUCACGCAACCGUGGGCUUUGAAUCGUAAAACUAUGCUUGGUUUUGAGGCUCGAUACGCUUGAAAAUUCAAUUAAUUGAUACUAUUAAUUAUAUAAUCAAUCUCAGCGCUGUUUUAUAUAUGCUGUUACGAGCAUAUAAAUGCUUUCUCGGAAAGGAAAUGGAUCAUUUAUAUUAAAGAAAAACAAAUACAAACUACAUCUAACAUAAAACCGGGAAUAAAUUUAAACAAUGAACCUGGUGAGUAUUAAUGAAGAACUAUCGGAUGGUGAUUUUCAUUAAGAAGUGUAACCACUUUUAUAAAAUGUGCAUAUUCGAAAAAAGUUUAAAUACGCUCUGAACAAAAUACAUAUAUUUUAGAUUCGUUUAUUUGCUGGAUUUUUUCUCGUAAUGAUAUUCGUGAUUGGAAAGGCCGUCUGUUCUAGUUCCAAUACCAUGAAUAAGUCCAAACAUCCCAAUAUAAAAACGUUGGGCUAUUCUGAAUUUAAGGAAACUAUCAUUCGGCCUGCAGUAAAGAAGACAGAACAAUUUGAACUAACUCAUCAUAAUGUAGCUGCUGAUCCGACCAUGGCACUUAAGCACGUCGUUCAAAAAUAUGAUAAGCCUUUCGAUAAUAGAACGACAGAUCACCAUUACAGAUCAAUAAACGCGCGAAAAAAAAAAAAAUCUACUGCAUUCGAUAAUUCAAAUAGUAACAAUUUUCGUACUUUUGAGGAAAUACAUGAACAUAUCGAUGAAACAUACGACAGCGGUUCCCAGUACCAAGCAUCUGAACCAUUAGGAUCUGAAACUUUACCAAAUAAAAAUCUGGAAAAUAUAAAAAACAAAAAAAAUCGAAACCGUAUAAAAACUAAAAUAAAACAUCACCAUCAUCAUCAUCAUCAUAACCAUAUAAAAGAGCUUAUAAAAACAGUACCACAACCAUAUUCGGUUGAAAAAGUUGUGCACGUACCAAUUGAAAAAGUGGUAGAAAAAGUUGUGCAUGUUCCUAAAAUUAUAAAUGUUACUAUAGAGAAAAUUGUACACGUUCCAAUAGAAAAAAUAGUCGAAAAGGUGAUUCAUAUCCCAAAACCAUAUGUUGUUGAAAAAAUAGUUGAAAAAAUAGUUCAUGUUCCCAAGCCAUAUCCUGUUCUUAGAACUGUUCCAUAUCCAAUUGAAAUUAAAGUUCCAAUGACAGUUGAAAAAAAAGUACCGUUUCCAAUCAAGGUUGAGGUUGAACGAAAAAUUCCCAUUUAUAUUCAUACAAAAGAGCCAUAUAAAUUUGAGAAAUCAAAUAUUGAACAGUCGAAAUUCACUUUCGAAGGGGAUCAUCUGGGGAUUAAAGAACAUGAACAAUCUACGCUACCGACAAACCAUCCUCAGCAUAGGAUAUAUAAAUUAAAAGAUAUAAACCUCCCUAAUAAAGUAGAAGACCCUCCAUAUACUUUUCAACCGGAGCAUAAUAAACAUUUGAAGGAGAACCCUAGUCAACAAUAUACAUCUGAAAGCGUUAAUAUUCCGCGAAAAUUCUUAAGAAGCAAUUUAAUGGAUAAGAACAUUGACGGCCAAGACGACCAGUCGAAUUUCAAUUUAGAAAGUGAUAAUCUGAGGACUAAAGAGCACGAUCAAUCUGCCUUACAUGCAAAACACCCUCACAAUAAGAUCUUUAAAUUGAAAGAAUUCAACUUUCCCAAUAAAAUAGACUUUCAAAAUACUUUUCAGCCGGAGUAUACAAAUUUCGAUUUAACAAAGAGUGCGAAUCAACAAUAUACAUCUGCAAGCGAUAAUAUUCCCAUAAAAUUCUUAAGUGACAAUUUUCAGCCAGACACGACAAAAUCUGAAUUAAACCCUAAUGGCAUAGGUUUACCCUUUAUUAAUAGCACCCUUCUUUUUUUCAAUCCACAAGAAUCUACCUAUCCCCUUCAUGGCAUCCCUUUUUCGCUACCAGUUAAUUUUGUUCACCUGCAACCAACGACCCAGCAAAAUCAGUUAGGCUUGGAUUCAACGAUUCCAGAAAGAAGCGCAGAAUCAUCAAGAACUUAAGAUUUUUGCUCCGCAAUUCUAUUCUACGUAACACAAAUCGUAACUUUUUAAUGACUAGUAAUAGAGACACCGUUAGUUGAUAAAGAAAAAAUAGUAAUUUAGUAAAACAACGAAGUUUGUUUUUGAAAUAAAAAUUAAUGUAAGUUAACGUAGCCGUGGGUACAGAACCGAUCGGAAAUAAAAUUGGGUUGUACAACAUGUUGUUAGUUUGCUUGUUUUUUUCAUUAUAAUUUUUGUUGGAAGCUGCCGAGCUUUUUCGGCAACUCUGACUCCACAUUUACGAAUAUGAGUUCUGAGGUAUUUGAUUUUAAUUUUGUGGCUUGUUGUUCGAUGUUUUAUUUUAUAAUUUAUAAAAGCAGUGGCAGUGAACUUCGACUUUGGAUGUUGAAGCUUACAAAGUUUAUGGAUGCGAAACGAUGUUGCGCCCUCGUGGACAAUUCCCUUUAUUCCGAGGAAGGAAGAACAUACAUUUAUGCAAUAAGAAAGAGGAAUAUUAAUAUGUAUAUGCAUUGAGAGCUUUAUGUACAUGAACACGAUAACAUAUAAUUUAAGAGCAGUUGUACAUAAGGAACAAUUUUAUACUGCAUAGAGAAUUUUAACGAAUUGGCAGAUCAAGUCGGACGAGGCACUAACCAUACGGUAUAUUGAUGUGUCAGUUCAUACAUAGAGGAGUGAAAAAUCCUGCAUUUUAUAAGCAAUGAGUUUAAUGGGAAAAUCAUUCCUUUUAGAAGCUAUGAUUUUAAGGAAAAUUAAAUAAAUUAAUAUACAUUUAUAGCAAAUGUGGCCAACGUAGAGUCAAUGAUUGUGGAGAAAAAGACGCAGGUCAAGCAAAUCGAUCGCGAGAAGACCUGUCCGCUGUUGCUGCGUGUGUUCUGCGGCGCGAGAUUAGAGUGACAUGAACAGAGGAAAGAGGCAUCGAAGACAACAAGACAAGCUCGCACAGGCAAAGUUCAGCACUGGCGACCUCCAGAAUAUCUCCAUCACGCCGCCUAAUCGCCUGCCGCCCCCAGCACGCCGCCAGAGGCCUUAUUGAUGGGGAAUACAUGAGAAUGGAACCUACAAUCGAGUAUAUAUACACGCUAAUCAUUUUCAAAUUUUUCACUUUCACUCGACACUCAAUGAAAUAUGGACAUAAUUAUAAGUGAUGAAUAUCAUGAAAAAGUAAUACACAUAUAAUAAUAAAUAAAAAUACG